GCAUCACUGUACACGGCGCUACAUGAUUGGUCCCAGUAUAUCAUAGAUGAAACAAAGUUCAACAAUACGUGUAAACAUUUAGAAAAAAGAGCAUCGUUAUUCACCCGCUUAUUAAUUUACAAUGAUAUUCGGAAGGCGUUAAAAUGACCUUUAAUAACUUCAACAAAUAUUGCCUUGCUUCUAUAAACAUGUGUUGUUGCCGAAAUGUUUACGAACUGACAGUAAGAAGAUGAAUUUACCGCUUUCAGUUUCUUAAAGCUUUUAAACAAAACUUCAAUCAUGAGAGAGAGAAUACUCCAGGUGUUGUGGGCCACACUUACUUUAUUAAUAUUAAUGAGAAGAGUCAGUGGACAAGCAAAAGUGAAGCCUGUCACUACUCACCUCUCUGCCAAAUGGACACACACACCUCUCCUGCUGGAGACAGCAGAGUACAUGCGAGAGGAGAGCCCUGCUACCUUUUGGAGCUUUGUUGAUAUUAUUGCUGAAAAGGAUCCACAAUUAUUUACAAACAGAAAUGAAAAGGAAAUAUAUGAUGAGACACUGGCGGCUGCAGGGCAGUUCCUGUCUGCUUCUCAGAUUUAUGUAUUAAAACUAAGCUUAUCGUUACGAGCUUACUCACCCAAGAUUGAGAUGUUUCAUCAAAUCGGUCAUGACCGAGAUCUUCCCAGCACUGAGAACUGUGGAGCUACAGUGGACAUCAAUGGAGAGUUGACAUGUGAUAUUGAGAAAGUUGAAGAGCUAGUUGAGAAGGCAACUAGUAGUAAACCUGUCACAUACGAAGUUGAUCAUCACUUUCCUGGGGGAGAGACUGCUAAGGUUGGAGUGGUGCUGUAUGCUGAAUUAGGAUCAGCAGAAUUUCAAAAGUUCCAUGCAGCACUGAAGGAUCUUGUUAGUGCCGGCAAGAUUGACUAUAUUUUCCGCCAUCGAGUGAAGAAGCGGUCACCUAAGAAAGUUCGACUGAGUGGUUAUGGCGUGGAGCUGGCCAUCAAAAGCACUGAGUAUAAGGCUCAGGAUGACACCAAAGUUCAAGAGGAUGGAGAGAGGCAAGAGGAGGAAGAUGAACAGGAAAUGGAGGUUGAAGGCUUCCUCUUUACUAAGUUACAGUCCCUCCAUUCAGAUAAGGAAGAGGAAUUGACUCAGUUUAGAAAGCAUCUGGAAGAGUCUCGUCAUGAAAUGGCUCCAAUGAAAGUUUGGCAGUUACAGCACUUGAGCAUGCAAGCUGCUCAGCGUAUAAUGUCGGCACCUGAAGAUCAACGACUUAGUCUCUUUGUACACAUAGCACAGAAUUUCCCAAUGCUUGCUCGCUCCCUUGUUAGGAUAAAAGUGGAUGAAAAAAUGAAGAAAGAAAUUCUAAAGAAUCAGAACCAGCUGAGUUCACAGAUGGAGGUGAAUCCUUCAAAUGCUGCACUCUACAUUAAUGGCAUGCAUCUCGACAUGGACUUUACCAACAUCUUCACUCUGCUCGACCAUAUCCGCACUGAAGAGAGAGUAAUGGGAGGCCUUCACAAACUUGGUGUCCGUGGAGAAUCUUUAAGCACCUUGUUGCACUUGGAUGUUACUGAAAGUACCCAAGAAUAUGGUAUUGAUAUCCGUGACUCAGCCAUUAUGUGGAUGAACAACAUUGAAACUGACAAAGCCUACCGCAAGUGGCCAUCAUCGACAGGAGAACUUCUUCGACCUACUUAUCCUGGCAUGUUACGCAGCAUUAAGAAGAAUUUUCACAACUUGGUAAUUGUAGCUGAUCCAAGCAAAUCAACUACAGCAGAUCUAAUAAGAUUAAUUGAAAGCUUUGUGACGCACAGUGCACCAGUGCGCCUUGGUCUGGUGAUGGCUGUUAAUUCAGACGAGUCUGUGCGUGGGUACGACGACGCUGGGCUAGCCAUGUUGUGUGCCUUUAAUUAUGUGGCUGAAAAUAUGUCUGGUCGUGAGGAUGCCAACUAUAGAGCACUUCAGUUCCUCCUUGAUAUAUAUUCCAAUGCUCAGGAGGAUGUCACAGUGGCUGAUGUAACAAGUGUUUUCAAGAGUAAGUAUCCCAGUAUUGACCUUGACGACGUGUUUGACGAGGAUUCUGAUUAUGAUGUGGGCCGUAUGCUAGCGCAAGAUUUUGUUGAGAAAGCUGGCAUCAGUAAUUUACCCCAGGCUUUGAUGAAUGGCAUUCCCUUGCCUGAAAAGCAUCUAAAUGUUGAUGAGUUUGAAGAAGUUGUACUGAUGGAGGUGAUGCGUACAACACAGUCACUUCAGCGUGCCGUUUAUAAAGGUGAACUAAGUGAUAAACACGAUGUUGUUGAUUGGUUGAUGGCCCUUCCUAAUAUAAUGCCAAGGUUGAAUGAGAGGAUCUUAAGCACAAAGAGCUCAACAUUCAUCGAUCUGACUGGUACCUCUGACAAGACUCUUGCUAGCAUGUCAGUUGAGGCUUUCUCUGCACUCAAGGCUCCAGUGAUGACUGCUAUUCUUGCAGACUCUUGUCACUACAUCACCACGAAGAGUGAACCUGCUGUGCGCCCUGUGACAGUGUGGGUUGUUGGUGAUUUUGAUACUGAAGAAGGAAGAGCUCUUCUCUUAGAGGCUGUCAAGUAUCUACGUGAGAGUAAUAGUGUUCGCCUGUGUGCUAUUCACAACAAAGAUGCAGCAGGUGACUCGUUGAAGAUAUUUAGUCGAGCUGUGGAAGUGGCUCAGGCAACGUUGUCACCAGCUGUGGCUCGGCAGUUCUUGGCAAAGAUCCUGAUGAAAGAAAAUGCCAGAAAAAUAUUAGAUGGAAGCAAGAAGUGGACCGAUUAUGAAAUUCCAGGUUUGGACAUGGAAGCUUUCCAGUCUCGCCUUGCGUCACUGAAAGAAACGGUCUUUGGAAUACACUCUCUUUAUUGUAGAAAGGUGUUGUCACUAGCCCCAGAAAUACGCACAGUGAUUGCCAAUGGGCGGAUGCUUGGAAUCCUAAAAAGUGAUGAGAAAUUUGUUCAAGAAGAUUUUGGCUUGCUUGAAAAGUAUGUCCAGUCCACGUUUGGGGAAAAAAUUCUGGAGGUCCUCGAUAGAGAAGAUUCUACAAUCACUGGGGAUAUUAGUGACAUGUUAAUGAAAGUUACCGGCGUAUUACAAACUAAGCCACAGUCUAAAAGUCGGACAAGCGUAACCUUGCGCUCGGAGCAGUAUUCAGUUAUCAAGAUUCCUCCAAAGGAUCCGGACAUGCCAGCAUUUGAUAUUAUGGUUGUGUGUGAUCCAGUGUCCACUGCUGCUCAGAAGAUAGGACCAAUUCUUCUAGUGAUUCAAGAAGUGGUUAAUGCCAACAUUCGUGUAGUACUAAAUGCCAUUGAAAAGCAUUCAGAAAUGCCACUGACAAGUUUCUACCGUUACGUGCUUGAACCGGAACCGCAGUUUUCAGAUGCUGGUGAAUUAACAGCUGGACCUCAUGCUAGGUUCACUGGCCUCCCUGAAUCGGCCAUCCUUACUCUGAAUUAUCAUGCUCCAGAAAACUGGUUGGUGGAGGUGAUCCACUCGAUCUAUGAUCUGGAUAAUAUCAAGCUGGAGUCCGUAGAGGCUGGAGUUCACAGCGAGUUUGAGCUGGAACACCUACUCCUGGAGGGUCACUGUUUUGAGCAGUCAUCAGGAAACCCACCGCGAGGUUUACAGUUCACUCUUGGCAACAGACAACAACCUGUAAUGUAUGACACUAUUGUGAUGGCCAACUUAGGCUACUUCCAACUGAAGGCCAACCCUGGAGCCUGGCUCCUCAAGCUGCGCCAAGGACGAUCCUCCGAGAUUUAUUCUAUUGCUAGCCACGAGGGGACAGAUACGCCAUCUGGUUCAGAGGAUGUACAGAUCAUCAUGAGCAGCUUCAAGUCACACGUAGUCAAGGUACGUGUUGCAAAGAAGCCUGGGAAGCAGAAUAUGCAACUUUUAUCCGAUGAUAAUGAAGAAAGUGGCAGCCUCUGGAAUUCUAUAACAAGCAUGCCUGUUGUGGGGCCCAUAAUUGACGAGUGGCGUGACCUGUUUAAGGAGUGUUAUUCUCUUGCUAUGGCUCAUUGGCGCAGCACCUUCAGUUCUAGUGGUGUGACUGAGGAUGAAGAUGAGACAGUGAACAUCUUCUCGGUGGCUUCAGGACACUUGUACGAGAGAUUCCUGCGCAUCAUGAUGGUCUCUGUUCUUCGCCAUACCAACACUCCUGUCAAAUUUUGGUUCUUAAAGAAUUUCCUCUCUCCAAGUUUUAAGGAUGUGCUGCCAUUGUUGGCCAAAGAAUAUGGGUUUGAGUAUGAGCUUGUGCAGUACAAGUGGCCCAGAUGGCUCCACCAGCAGACUGAGAAACAGCGCAUCAUCUGGGGAUACAAGAUCCUCUUCCUUGAUGUUCUCUUCCCACUUGACAUUAAGAAGAUCAUCUUUGUUGAUGCUGACCAGAUUGUUCGAGCUGAUAUCAAAGACCUUAAUAAUGAAGACCUUGAUGGAGCUCCAUAUGGUUUUGUACCCUUCUGUGAUUCCCGCAAGGAAAUAGAAGGUUUCAGAUUCUGGAAGCAAGGGUAUUGGCGCAACCAUUUAGCAGGCAGAAAGUACCACAUUUCUGCACUCUUUGUGGUGGACCUAAAGAAGUUCCGCCGAAUUGCUGCUGGAGACCGUCUACGAGGCCAGUACCAGGGCUUGUCACAAGAUCCCAACUCUCUCUCCAACUUAGACCAGGAUCUUCCAAACAACAUGGUACAUCAAGUGCGUAUAAAAUCCCUCCCUCAAGACUGGCUUUGGUGUGAGUCUUGGUGCGAUGAUGAAUCUAAGAAAACUGCUAAGAUUAUUGAUUUGUGUAAUAAUCCUAUGACUAAAGAAGCCAAAUUAGAUGCUGCCCAGAGAAUUAUUGAAGAAUGGACUACUUACGAUAAUGAUAUUAAAGCUGUGAUGCAAGGAAUUAAACAAAAUAAAUCAAUACACUCGCAAGAAUCAACUAGUCAUAAACAACACACAGAACUAUGAUACUUAGGAUGGGGUAUAAUAGGUAAUGUUUUGUAAGUCAAGUGUAUGGAAGUGUUCUAUUAAAUAUUUAUUGAAGUGUUUUGUGUUCUCCGAUCAUUGUCAGUUUGCUUAUACCUUUAAUCUUUUUGACUGUGAAUCAUGGACAUAGUAAUGAUGAGCUCAACAUCUGAUCUCUGGUGAACAAUGCCUUAAAAUUCUGUAUAUGUAAGUCCAAAUUUAAUAAUAAAAAAAUUAUGAUUUUUUAACUCUUUACAAGGGCUUAUUAUAUUUUAUAUAAAUACUCUCUAAGAUGUUAUAAGGCAUUUUUUUUAUUAUCACAGUUUGACACACGUUAGUAUAGUUAUUUAUCAUAGUUAACAUGUUGAGUUCUUACUUACUGUUGGCAGUGUCUGAUAUGUAAUUACUGUUAGCAGUGUCUGAUGUGUAAUUACUGUUAGCAGUGUCUGAUGUGUAAUUACUGUUAGCAGUGUCAGAUAUGUAAUUACUGUUGGCAGUGUCUGUUAUGUAAUUACUGCUGGCAGAGUCUGGUAUGUAGUUACUGCUGGCAGUGUCUGAUAUGUAAUUACUGCUGGCAGAGUCUGGUAUGUAGUUACUGCUGGCAGUGUCUGAUAUGUAAUUAGGUUAUUUAUUCAUUGUGUAGAUCAUUGCUGAAAUGUACACCUAAUCAAUUAAAAGUUUUAUGUAUUUAGACAUCACUUUUCUGUAUGUAUACAUUCCAAUUUGUGUAUUUCUGCAAUACUAUACACAGUAAACAUCUAAAUCACUAUACAUAUUAAACAUCUGAAUCACUAUACACAUUAAACAUCUGAAUCACUAUACACAUUAAACAUCUGAAUCAAGUUGUGAAAAUUUAAGAACAUGCAAGUUUUUUUUAAAUAUAUACAAUAAGCA